UGUUCAUAAUUUUCGCCUUCUUCUUCGCUAAAACCCACGAAAAUAAAACCGAAAUAUAUUCUUUUUUAUUACAGAAAAUUAACAUGGGAGAAAAGAUCGUGUCUUCAUCCUCACAGGCGGCCACCACUCCACAACAGCGGUUACAGUUCAUUGUCAACGCCCAACCAGAACUCUGGUGUUACGCCAUUAACUGGAAAAUCGUCCCCGACGAGUUCGCCGGCAUGUGCUUAUAUUGGUCCGACGGUCACUUCCGAGGGGCCAACGGCCGAAACAUCGCCCACGUGUCCACAAUCCAUAGCCGAAUCGUCUCUGACAUUGAAUUGUUCUACUUAAUAUCAUCCACCAAAAUUUUCCCCGUCGCCGGUGAUGGGUUGCCGGGGAGGGCUUCGGUCACUGGAACGGUGUGGAUCUCCGGCGACAAUGAGCUUCGGUUUCAGAACUGCAACAGAGCGAACGAAGCGCAGAUGCAUGGUAUUCGCACCCUUGUCUGCGUACCAACCUCGGAUGGUGUUCUUGAGCUGGGUUCGUCGGAGAUGAUCGGAUAUGAUCCACACCUUGUCCGACUGGUAAAAUCGCUCUUCGGGUCGGAUCUUUCUGACCCGAAACCGUAUCCGCGGCAAAACCCUCCUCGGUUCUCGGACAGAGUCAUAUCUGUUCCUCGUACCGACAUUACCGUGGAUGGUGACGACAGUGAGUUCCCAUGUAACGCAAAAGAAUACGAAGGAGACGAAACCGGGUCGGGUCCCGCACUGAAACUGGAUCCUAUUCCGGAGAGAAGGCGGAGAAAGGCGAAUUCGACGGGGGAACAACCGUUGAACCACAUCGAGGCGGAGAGACAGAGGAGGGAGAAGCUCAACCACCGGUUCUACGCGCUCCGGUCGGUGGUUCCACGCGUGUCUCGCAUGGACAAAGCGUCGCUCUUAUCCGACGCCGUUUCGUAUAUCAACGAGCUCAAACGCAAGAUCGACGAACUGGAAUCCAAACUAAAACCCGACAACAAGAGGGUAAAGCUGGAGGAGAUGACGACGGGGCUGUCGAACGACCAGAGCGGGAUAAAGAACGCAUCGGAAGCCUUGGUUUCUAAGAGAGGGUAUUCCAAAGUCGAGGUUGAUGUGAAAAUUGUGGGUGAUGAGGCCGUGAUUAGGGUUCAGACAGAGAACCUGAGUUACCCAGUGGCGGCGCUCACGGCGGCGCUCCGGGAACUUAAGCUGAAGAUCCGGCAUGGGAGCAUGUCUUCGGUCGAGGAACUGAUGGUACAACAGAUGGUAGUUACGGUCCCGAGAGGAACGAGACGCGGCGAGGAGAUGAUCAAGUCUGCGAUUAUCUCGCGAUUGUUGUAGUUUCAAAUUGUAGAAUACGAUAAAAGUACGAUUACAUGUCCUUUUUUUUUGGCGUGAUGUAAAUACGUUGUUGUGU